AUGAAUGGUUUAAGUGUUCAUCAACUACAAUUCAUCUUUGGUCUCUUGGGUAAUAUAAUAUCUUUCUUGGUUUUCCUAGCUCCUAUGCCAACAUUUUGGACAAUCUACAAGAAGAAAACUUCAGAAGGGUUUCAAUCUAUACCAUAUGUGGUGGCUCUAAUGAGUGCAAUGUUGUUGCUCUAUUAUGCUGCCCUUAAGACCAAUGCCUAUUUGUUAGUCAGCAUAAACUCUUUUGGAUGUGUCAUUGAAGUUAUCUAUAUUGCACUCUACCUCUUUUAUGCUCCCAAGAAACAAAAGAUAUUUACAUUGAAGUUGUUCAUGAUAUUCAACUUAGGGUUUUGUGGAGUAAUGAUAGGAGGAACAAUGAUUUUUCUUCAUGGAAAUAAGAGAACAAAUGCUGUUGGAUGGAUUUGUGCAGCUUUCAAUCUUUCUGUUUUUGCUUCUCCUUUGAGCAUCAUGAGAAGAGUAAUAAGAACAAAAAGUGUGGAGUAUAUGCCAUUUUCACUAUCAUUCUUUCUGACUCUAUCAGCCACUAUGUGGUUUUUCUAUGGCUUCUUCAUCAAAGAUCUCUUCAUUGCUCUACCAAAUGUUGUGGGGUUUCUACUAGGAAUGAUCCAAAUGAUAAUAUACAUGAUAUAUAGAGAUAAAAAGGGAAAUAGUUUUGAAGGGAAAGAAGAGAACCUUGAGGAAGGAGGCAAAAUUUGUGAAGGAAAUGACCAAAGUUCCUCAAUAGUCAAGAAUCAAACAGAAGCAAAAGAUAUCAAUAUGGCUGAAAUUACCAACCACAACAAUAUUCCAUGA